CCGGUGUGACUCACAGAAAGAAUCCAAUUCGUAGCUCGUGCUGGCAGUGUUUCUACAAACUCACGCUCUGUGGGUACAAGAAGAAGGCCGGAGCAUGUAGAGUUUACGACAUUCACGGGCGGAGUACAUGUUGCCCAGCUCGAAUCUGGAUCCACUAGUCCUCGUAUCAGACGCACGCACCUCACGUACUCUCAUGUUUUAAGGAUGAGUCAUGACGGCAGCCAGGAAAUGUUGCAGAUUUUCGUGAACAGCACAGCUCCCAAGACUUUACAAAAGCGGUAAAGUCGAUCUGUUGUACAGAGCAAGCGAUGUUUCUUCGAGAGGAUAGUUCGAGAUUUUGUGCUCUAUAUCGAUUCACACACGUAGGGUCUGAAGGUCAGUGGAGGAUCCGGCUUUGAAUACUUCACUUGUUUCAAGAUGAAUUCAUCACCUUCCUCGACGGUCGUGGAUAUCGAGACCGCGCCUGGUGGCACUCCGGCUAAGGCCGCAACUCCAAGCUUCUGGUCUAGGGUUACAAAAGCUGUGAAUGUAGCGGAAGAGCAUAUAGCGAACUUUUUUGGACUAAACGAUUCCAAAUAUCAAUGGGCUGUUGAUGAGUACAUGAAACAACAGCUGUCCGGAGAUGCCACUGUAAGACCUAAAUCGCCAAGGGCUUUAGAGGAUCAACCAGAAAUGCAACCGACGGGCCUGCAAAUUAUGGACAGAAACAGCAGCAAGGCCUCCUGGUGACUUGUAGGCCUGGCCUCAACUACGGCUAGGAGAAAUUUCUAUCAGAUGUAAAAGCUGAACACAAUGGCAACAAUCUAUCUCAAUUGACGACAGUGUGCGACAUUUGACCUAUUGCAUGAAGUAGUCUGAAAUGGAAACGAGUACAGUACGAGCUUUGGAAAGUCUUCAGGGCAUACUUUUGUCCAAAUAUUAUUUGGAGAUACGCAAGCAUGGUAUAUAACAAAGAUAAGUACUAAAAGAACCGAGGAGGAUACUAAACCAAGUACUUGGGCUAGUCUGGUACUAGGAACUGGUAGUAGUUGAGCAGAUCGAGCAUUCAAUACAUUAAUGUACAGAGAAUUUUGAAUCUGAACAAACAACAAGUCUGGUACUAGGAACUAGUAGUUGAGCAGAUCGAGCUCUCUAUACUUUAAUGUACAGAGAAUUCUGAAUUUGAACAAAUGACAGUCGGUCACAUAUAGGGAUAGACAGAGUAGUGUGUCAAGAAAGCAAUGAGCUCUGAUGGGAUGGAAUGAGCUGACUGCGAAAGACAGCAUCUUGUUCGAGAGGCCUUCGUUAUAGCUGGACACAUGAAGAUUGUAGAUUGGAAGGAAUUCACAACCGAGAAUUUUCAAAUUUACUUUCCUGUUCAGGGUUGUACGCACACCUAGGCUAACAUUGGAGUAUUUUGUGAUGUCUGCGAUGGCCCUGCCUGCAACCCAGUGGUCUUAGUACUGUAAUCAAAACAGAAAUUUGGUUACCGACCGCUAUUCUAUGAUUACGUACUGAUGUUAUCCUUAUCAAUUGAACUGUUUAUCUACGAGAAGUUAGUUUAGACUGGUGACAAUAUCUACCCACUUGCCAUACGCAUUUUCGUCCAAGCCGCUGGAAUUCGAAAUUAUGUUCGUCAUGCUCUCCAGUUGGCUGGUGAGCUGCACCCUUGCCAGUGUGAGGCAAUUCGACAAUUUGGUUGCUCUAGUCACUAGGUACCUAAAAACUCUUGAAAUCGAGA